AUGGCACCAUCCGUUGAGGAGAUCAGAAAGGCCCAGAGAUCCCUUGGUCCUGCCACCAUCUUAGCCAUUGGCAAGGCCACCCCUUCCAACUGUGUCUCCCAGUCUGACUAUGCUGACUACUACUUCCGGAUCACCCAGAGUGAACACAUGACCGAGCUCAAGGAAAAAUUCAAGCGCAUGUGUGACAAAUCAAUGAUCAAGAAGCGCUACAUGCACCUAACUGAAGAAAUACUGAAUGAGAAUCCUAGCAUGUGUGCAUACAUGGCUCCAUCUCUUGAUGCACGCCAAGACAUGGUGGUGGUGGAGGUGCCAAAGCUAGGAAAAGAAGCAGCAACAAAGGCCAUAAAAGAAUGGGGUCAACCGAAAUCCAAGAUCACCCACCUUGUGUUCUGUACAACCUCUGGUGUAGACAUGCCAGGUGCUGACUACCAGCUCACCAAGCUCCUUGGCCUGCGUCCCUCCGUUAAGCGAUUCAUGAUGUAUCAACAGGGCUGCUUCGCUGGUGGCACCGUCCUCCGUUUAGCCAAGGACUUGGCUGAGAACAACAAGGGCUCACGCGUUCUUGUUGUCUGCUCGGAGAUCACUGCUGUAACUUUUCGGGGUCCGUCUGACACUCACUUGGAUUCAAUGGUAGGUCAAGCGCUUUUUGGAGAUGGUGCAGCAGCAGUUAUUAUAGGUGCUGACCCUGACACUUCCAUUGAGCGUCCGUUGUUUCAGCUUGUUUCAGCUGCACAAACCAUCCUUCCCGACUCCGAUGGUGCCAUCGAUGGACACUUACGUGAGGUUGGUUUAACCUUUCACUUAUUAAAGGAUGUUCCUGGGCUAAUCUCAAAGAACAUAGAGAAAAGCCUGGUUGAGGCUUUCACUCCAAUUGGUAUCAAUGACUGGAACUCCAUAUUUUGGAUUGCACACCCUGGUGGCCCUGCAAUUCUUGACCAAGUUGAGAUCAAACUAGGUCUAAAGGAAGAGAAAUUGAGAGCCACAAGAAACGUCCUGAGUGAUUAUGGUAAUAUGUCAAGUGCUUGUGUUUUGUUUAUCUUGGAUGAGAUGAGAAACAAGUCUCUUGAGGAUGGGAAAGCCACCACUGGUGAAGGGCUUGAGUGGGGUGUUUUGUUUGGAUUCGGACCGGGACUAACCGUUGAGACGGUUGUCUUACACAGUGUCCCCGUUGAGACAACAACUCACUGA